GUGAUAAUGAUAGCACCUUCAUUAUGGGCGAUGUCACGCGAACUUUACAUGUAAGAACAUUUAACCUAGAGAAAAAUCAGUAUUUUUAAUCAUAUCAGGAAUUUUUUACAAGGAUUUUUUGGAGUCUAUAUCCUUUGUUUAGAAUGUUUGGAUAGCUCGACUAGUUGUGCUUGAUUUGGGUGUGAAAUGUUUAUCUAGUGAAAAUAAACUCAAAGUAUCUUAUAACGACAUGAAUCUUUCUUUCCCACAUAUCUCUAAACAAAAAAUAAAAUAAAACGGAACUUCUUACAACAUGAUUAUUUCAAAUAAACUCUGCGAUCAAUGUAAAAGUGGCAAAAAAUCGGGCGCUUCGGUAGAAAAGUUUGUUUACUUUUGGUUGGUCAGCGGACUAUCCCAAAGAGAGCGGGAAAGUCAGAAUCAAAAUGGCGGGCAACGAAGUCUUGAGCAGGUUCAAUAAACUCCCAACAAGAAACCAAGCUACUGCUUUGUUUGUAGGUGUGAAAGGAUCCGGUAAACACAAGAUAGCUAAUGCUCUUUUAAAGGAAUAUGCUGCAGACUUUCGAGUUCAAAUACGAAUUGCUACGUCUCUUCCCCUACCACCAGACACAGAUGACAGCAGACCAAGGAUUGAUUUCAUUGUUUUUUUCAUGGAUGCAUGUAACAAAACAAGCUAUGAUUUGGUCAAGUCUGCACUGCAUCAUGUUGAUAUUGAGUUUUUCUUAGGACAUUGCUGUUUUGUGGCUACUAGUGUAAGAAGUGAAUCUAACAUUGCUAUCAGCACACAAGACAUUACAAGACUAGCUAACAGCUAUGACUCUCCUCUUCUUUGUGGAGAAAUACAGACAGAGAGAGGUCAAAAGAUCUUGGCCAAAAAACUCAUCAGAUAUUUGGGGAUUGCUGCUGGAUUUAAUCCUGGUAUAACACCAAUGCUACUGGACACCACUAAACCAUCAUUAGUAAAUGAAGAAGAAGAAUCUAAUCUAACAUAAACUCACUGUACUAGAAAACUAUGAMUUAUUCCUGAA